UAACAACUCAGAGAUUAUUACUCCUUCAAUUCCAUUUUAUACGAUACUGUUUGACUUGACACAGUAUUUAAACGUAAAUUGUUCGUGACAUUUUUUUUGUGACGGCGAGAGUAAUCAACAGCAAUGGGGCGAUUGAUUUUCAUAGCAGUUCUUAUGGUGGUGGUGGCAAUUGCAAACUUUGCUAGUAGUGAAGUAGCUACAGGGCAUUCAGAUCCUGGAGUGCUCAAAGAAAGAUCAGAAGAUGUUCAACAAAUGUCUCCAGAGGAGAUACAAAAUCACGAGACUGAACUAAAGGCCAUUUAUGCAAACGUUCAACACUACAGGGAAGUGUGUUAUUCAAGCGGGGCACUUGAUAGGUUUUGGCAACAUAUGCAGAAGAAGUUAAAUGAUCAUAGUGAAUAUGCAAUGAAUGUAGAGAGUCUUCACAAAGAAGUUAACCUGACCUUACUUCAAAAGAUGAAUAAGGUUACACAACCUGCAAUAUGAUGACGGUUGCUAGCUAGGGAAGGUGCGGAUGUAGCCAAGUGGAUCGAUAUCUUCAUCAUCGCCACGCCAUUGGUUCAUCUGGACAUGGACUUGAAAUUGGUACAUCAUUUGCUUAGGACUAUAUAGGACACUGUUGGAUACUUGGGACUAAAUGUUUUACAGUGGAUGUAAAACAUUUGGCUAUUCCAUUAGAGUUUCUGAUUGAUAUGAAUAAAUUCAUCGGUUUAGUCUAUAAUCUUGAUAGCUUGGUGUUUGA